AGCGGGGAACGCAAGUAGUGUGGUGUGACCGAGGCUUCGCUGUACGCGGCAGACAUGCUCCUGCAAUUUUACCUGAACGAGCAGGGGGAGCGGGUGUACACAAUGAAGAAAGUGUCUCCUAGUGGACAGCCAACCUCCUCAGCUCAUCCUGCCCGCUUCUCACCAGAUGACAAGUAUUCCCAACACCGCGUCUCUAUCAAGAAGAGAAUCGGCCUGCUACUAACUCAGCAACCAAGACCUAUUCUAUGAGACCAAUGGGAAUAGAUGCAAGUUUCUGGAGGAAUGACUGCUGGACAUAGUCAUAUAAAACCUUUACUUUAUCACAUGCAAUCCUAUUGGACAUUUGUGACUAUCAUUUACCAUGGGAUGUACAUCCUG